GUGAUUUGACUUAUAAAUAAACUGUAUUAUUAUAAAGAUUUUAAUAAGACAUAUAACUUUGAAGAAAAACCACGUAUACAAGUUACAAAUUAGUGCAGUAGCACUGUUUCAUGCAAUGACUAUAAAUACUUUCUCAGCUCAACUCAUCUCCUCAAUCCGACAUCUCUCUACCUCUUCGCUCAGGACAAAGUCAUCGCCGGAAGAAAAAAAAACACGAAAGGAUGAAAAUGACCCUUUUCAAAAGGCCAUGCGAUUACUCAAAGAUGAACAAGGAAGACCCAGAAGAGUUACUUCACCGGCGAGCCAAGUUCUUGAUCUACAAAAAGCUUCAAGAAGCCGACUUGAUUUCUCAUCGUUCUCCUCCGUCGUUAUUGUUUCUACGUAUGAAGAUUUUCCGAUUGAAAGUCAUGAUCGGAAACAGUUUGGCUAAUCUACAUCGCAGCAUAGCAUCCACCAUUAGAUUUGGCGGAAUCCGAAAGCACUCACAAGGCGGCUUGAGAGCGUUCAAGAAGAUGUUCCACGGUGGGGCAACAACUGGACUACAUAGGCCUAUUUUCACUUUCGAAGUUUGAUUUAUAUAUUGUUUUGUGAUUUUCUCUUGAUCUCUCUAUUACAAGUUUUAUCUUUAACAUCAAACCACAUAUCCAACACUGCCAAAGUGUUUUAUCCGUAUACAAUGGAGAUCUCAUAUGAGAAAA